AUGAAGAAGUUUGGCAAGUAUUCUGAGAUUCUUAGCAGCUUUUACAGGGGCACCAUCGAGAGCAUUCUCAGCAAUGGCCUCACAGUCUGGUUUGGGAACUGUUCUACACAGGACGGAAAGGCUCUUCAGAGGGUGGUGAAGACUGCCAGAUCCAUGUCAGGAGUUGCCUUACCAUCACUGGAGGACAUUUACCACACCAGGGUCGUCAGAAGAGCACGGAACAUUCUAAAAGAUCUAACACACCCACAAUGCCGCCUCUUUAAACUCCUGCCAUCAGGGGGACGAUUCUUUUUUGCUAACGCAGGGAGGUAUUUUCUGUCUGUGACCACGGUGACAGUCGACAUGUUACUGAUCGUCCUCUUUGUUUCAGGUGCUUUGGCUGAUUGUCCUCAUCAACCACACCUCUUCAUAACUGCACCAAAGAAGAUGGAAGCACUGAGUGGAUCUUGUCUCCAAAUCCCAUGUAGCUUCAGAUUCAGAGAAGAACAGAAAUUUAUCAGCACAAGUAAAACUUUUGGAGUGUGGAUUAAAAAUGAUUCUAAAUUUAACAAUAAACCACACAAUGUGAUCUUCAACUGUAGUGGAGCUGUUAGCACCUAUACAAUGAGUAUUACUGGGAACCUGAGUGAGAGAAACUGCACCACUCUGUUUUCUAAUUUAACCUCCACACACACAGACACAUACUUCUUCAGAGUAGAGAAAGAAACAAUCAAGGCGACAGCUUCAUGUGACCCUCUUCAAGUAACAGUCAGAAAUUCUCCUUGGAGGCCCAAGAUUACAGUCUCAGGUGAUCUGAAGGAGAAGGAGUCUGUCACUAUAACCUGCUCAGCUUUCACUCCCUGUCCACACUCCCCUCCUGAACUCACCUGGAAUCUCCAACAAGACUCUCACAACAAAAUAGAGGAAAACACAGAUGGAAGCUUUACAACUAAAAUCCAGCAGACCAUCACUCUGUCAGACACACAUGAUGGAAAGAAGAUCAGCUGCUCUGCCAGAUAUCCUGUGAACCAAGGAGAAGACAAGACAGCAGAGACAGAAGAGACUCUCAAUGUUUCAUAUGCUCCUAAAAACACUUCAGUAUCCAUCAGUCCAUCAGACGGCUGGGUGAACCUGACCUGCUCCAGCAGAGCCAAACCUCCAGUCAGCAGCUUCACCCGGUUCAAGAAGAGCACAGAUGGACCUGUGAGAGUAUCUGAAGGACAGAUUUACAGCUUCAAUGUAACAGAUGGAGGAGUUUAUUACUGUGUGGCCUCUAAUGAGCUGGAUAAUCAGACAUCAGCAGAAAUUCAUGUGAAUAUUGAAGACGGUAACUCCAUGGUAUUCCGACUUCUUGGAGGAAUCCUUGGGUUCAUCUUACUCAUCUGCUUGGUUAUCUUUGUUUGGUGGUCAAAGUCAAAGCAUCAAACUCAGCAACAGACUCAGAUUCAAACACAUGAAGAGCUGGUUGUUGAAGAGCCAGCAAGUAAAAGAGAAGGAGAAGAAGAAAACAUCCAUUAUGGAGAGAUCAGCUUCUCUACGUUGGGAUUUGAAGUGUCCUCUGACUCAGUUCAGGACGGAGGACAGCAGCAGGAUAUGGUGUACGCACAGGUGAAGGUCAACAAGCCAAAAAACAGCUUAACACAGAGAGCUCACGGCCAAGAGGAACUCUACGCUGAGGUGAAGAAAAAAAAAACUGUUAACAGCCUGUGA